UCCAAAACGAAAAAAGGAUAUUUCUUGGAGAACAGGGAAUCAAAUUUUCCCAUAUUACCAGUCUCCACCUCCACCCCCUGCUGUCAAACGUCACACACAAACCCUUGCCUUUUUCUCUCUCCUCCCUUCAUUUUCUCUCUCCUCCAUUGAAGAGUUCCUCAACUACAGCUCCGUCUCAUCAGCAAUCAUUCAAUCAUGCCUUCCACUAAUUUGCUCCUCGAGGAACCAAUUCGCAUGGCUUCAAUUCUCGAGCCAUCUAAAUCUUCGUUCUUCCCUGCAAUGACGAAGAUCGUCGGAACUCUCGGUCCACGCUCUCAAUCCGUUGACGUCAUUUCCAGUUUGCUUAAAGCUGGAAUGUCAGUGGCUAGAUUUGAUUUUUCAUGGGGAGAUGCUGAUACUCACCGCCAAACUCUUGAGAAUUUGAAGGCUGCUGUUAAGAGUACUAAGAAACUCUGCGCUGUCAUGUUGGACACAGUCGGGCCUGAGUUGCAAGUUUUUAACAAGACUGGGGAAGAAAUAUCUCUCAAGGAAAAUGAAUUUGUUACUCUCACACCUGAUGUCGAUCAAGAAGCUUCCUCAGACCUAUUGCCCAUCAAUUUCCACGGACUUGCAAAGGCUGUGAAGAAAGGGGAUAUGAUCUUUAUGGGUAAAUAUUUGUUCACCGGAAGUGAAACUACCUCUGUUUGGCUCGAGGUAUCUGAGGUGAAAGGUGAUGAUGUGAUUUGCCUGAUCAACAAUUCUGCAACAUUGGAUGGCACUCUUUUCACUUUGCAUGCUUCUCAAGUUCGUAUAGAUAUGCCCACUCUGUCAGAGAAGGACAAGGAGGUUAUAAGUACCUGGGGUGUCCAAAACAAAAUUGACUUCCUUUCGCUGUCAUAUACUCGUCAUGCAGAAGAUGUUCGCCAAGCACGUGAGCUGCUGUCGAGUUUAGGUGAUCUUAGUCAGACUCAGAUAUUUGCAAAAAUUGAGAAUGUAGAGGGUUUGACACAUUUUGAUGAAAUACUACAAGAGGCCGAUGGCAUAAUUCUUUCUCGUGGAAACUUGGGCAUAGAUCUUCCUCCUCAGAAGGUGUUCUUGUUUCAAAAAGCUGCUUUACACAGAUGCAAUAUGGUUGGGAAGCCUGCCGUUGUUACUCGUGUUGUUGACAGCAUGACCAAUAAUCUCAGACCUACACGUGCUGAGGCGACUGAUGUUGCUAAUGCUGUAUUGGAUGGUAGUGAUGCAAUUCUUCUUGGAGCUGAGACACACAGAGGUUUAUAUCCUGUUGAUACUGUUAGAACGGUUGAUAGGAUUUGUUUUGAGGCUGAAAGGGUAUUCAAUCAAGAUCAAUACUUCAAGAAGGCUGUCAAGUAUGUGGGAGAGCCAAUGUCUCAUCUGGAAUCUAUCGGUUCUUCUGCUGUGCGUGCUGCCUUGAAGGUAAAGGCAUCUGUGAUAAUCUGUUUCACUUCUUCAGGGAGAGCUGCAAGGUUGCUUGCAAAAUAUCGGCCACCAAUGCCAAUUCUCUCUGUUGUGAUCCCUCGUCUUAAGACAAAUCAACUGAAGUGGAGUUUUAGUGGUGCCUUUGAGGCAAGACAGUCGUUGAUUGUUAGAGGCCUUUUCCCCAUGCUCGCCGAUCCUAGGCAUCCUGCUGAGUCCACAAGUGCCACAAAUGAAACUAUCUUGAAGGUUGCACUAGAUCACGGGAAGGCAUUAGGAAUCAUCAAAUCACAUGAUCGUGUUGUCAUUUGCCAGAAGCUUGGUGAUUCAUCUGUGGUUAAGAUCAUCGAGUUGGAGGAUUAGACUCUUUAUACGUCGUCCCUUUAUAAUAGCUUCUUGUUUAUUAAAAGUGUCUUCUGUGGGUGGUGCUGGAGCAGUGGAACUCGUUAAAUCCACAAUCUUUACGAAGCCCGUGAAUGAAUUUUGAUUGUAGUCGGCAUGCAGAUGUUACAUCACAUAUAAUAAUAUGAACAAUGUGACCCUUCUUAAAGUCAUGGAUAUGCCAUGACUCACAUUUUUUGGUACGGAAUUUGAUAACAUUGAAGACAAGAUCCGAAUUAUUGUAGCAAAAACUAGAAAGUGAUGUUUUUGGGUAGCAAAAUAAAGAGAAGUGAAGAACUUUGAAGAACAGAGUAGAUAACUACUUUUUUCUUUUUGCUAUUUGAACCUCGGCUAAAUAAAUUGAAUUGUAAAUGAGAAUUUGGAUUGUUCCGAACCUGCCAUACAAUAUCGAUCUCUAUUCUAUGUCAUUAAGGAAAUGACUUUUUAGUGCUGUAGGGGCUUUUCCCGA